GAACUUUGAGCCGGGCCACGGCAGCAGCGGGACAGAUGCUGAGCUGCCCCUGCACAGCCCUCGCCUGCCCGCUGCGCUCUGCCCUGCGCUCAGCCAGCCCAGCUGCGCCUGCACGGCCUGACUGCACCAGCCCGGCAUGGGACAGGACAAUUGCAAACCCCAGCCUGGAGACCUGAUCGAGAUCGACCGGCCACUUUACCAGCACUGGGCCCUCUACGUGGGGAAUGGAUAUGUCAUUCAUGUGACAGAUGAAGAAGCCUCAUCCGUUUUGCUUAGCAGCUCAUCAAUACGUGCCACAAGAGCCAAGGUGAAGAAGCAGCUCCUGAAGGAUGUGGUGGAAAAUCAUAAAUGGCGUGUCAACAACAAGUAUGACCAGUUCCGCACUCCUUUCCCUGUGGAGGAGAUCAUCCAGCGUGCCGAGCUGUGCAUUGACAGGGAGGUGCCAUAUGAUGUGCUUACCAGCAACUGUGAGCACUUUGUGACAAUGCUCCGCUACGGAGACGGAGUCUCAGACCAGGCCAGAAAAGCAGCUGCUGGCAGUGCUCUAGCAGCUGUAGGAGGUAUCAUUCUUGCUGGAGCGGCUCUUGUUGGGAUGGCAUUGUCUGAGAGCACAUCCAGGAGAUAGUGCUACUGAUGGGCUCUCAGGAAGGGCUCAGACCAAGUCAGGCAGAGUCCCUGGGCACAGCGGUCACUGGCCAGCUUUACAACACCUGCCAUCAAGGAUUCCUUGCAACUGUGCCAACCUUACUGUAAACAAUAAAUAAUCCUUAAUAAAAUGUCUGCAAUACAAAAUCA